AAUUAAAAAAAAGAAAAUUAACAAGUUUUAGAUAAAAAAGUCUGCUAGAUUUUAAGUUAUUAUUAAUUUAAGAGUACUCAUUUAAAAGCAAUUAGGUUUAACUAAAUAUUACGUACAAAAUAAGGAUAGGUGUUGCUAUAUCUAAACCAAUCAUAAAGAUCUAGAUACAUAAGAAUGAAUAAACUAAUUUUAUUUGGGUUUAGCAUAUUUUAUUUGCUCCAUAAUAAAAUAAUUUAGGCUGAAGAGAUAAAUUAUGAGAAUAAUUUUAAAUUUACUAAAUUAUAAGCAAUCUAAUCUGAAAUAAUGAUUUAAUUAUCUUAAAAGAAGACUUAGGACAUUUAGAUAUUUUUAUUUGAUAAUAAUGCACCAAACGAAUUGACAAUUUAGCUCUUUAACUCAAAUUUAAAGCAAUUAAAUAGGUAGAAGAUGUAUGAAUUUCAAAUGUAAAUUUAUGAAUAUCCUCUUAAAUAGGACUGUGAAAAAGCUUUUCUAGAAUAGAAAUUUAAUCCUGAAAAUUUGAUAGCAAGUUUGUCAUUUACUCAUAUAUUUGAUCAUAUAACAUUUAUUAACAGUUACUAUUAUUUGAUGUUUUCAAGAGUUAAUUAUUAUAGAUAGCCCGGUAGUGUUGAUGUUUCCGCUGAUUAAGAAGCUUUAGAUACUAACUUGAUGCUUAAAUUUACAGAUAAACCUAAUUGUAAGUAAAAUGGCUAUUAUAAUAGCGAUCAAAAUAAAUGUAUAUGUUAAAAGAAUAGAUAAGGUCCAUUCUGUGAGUAUGAUGUUUUACUUGUAACUAAUUACUAUCCCUUUGAAAUAGUUAUAAAGCCGUUUGAAGGUAAAUACAUACAAAUCUAUAAAAUAUAAUAAGAAGAUGAGUUAAAAUUAGAAAUGAAUAUUAAACAUUCGAUAAUUCCAGAUAUACAUAUGUAUAGAUCUGAUAAUCCAAAUGAAUUCCCUACACAAUACAAAUACUUUGAAAAUCUAGUCUUUAAUUCCAAAAAUAACACAAAUAUAAUAUCAGCUAAUCCUCACGAAGGAUAAAUAUUAUUAUUUAUAAGAAAUCCAUCAAACUCUCAACUUUAUGCAACCUUAAACAUUAGAAACGUUACUCUUAUUGACGAAACUAACUUGAUAUUAUUUAUAUUGCUUUCUCUUUUUAUUACUUUGGCCAUUUCUUUUUUCUGUAUCUUCUGCUUUAACAAAAUCAGCAAAAAAAAGAAAGCAGAUAAGCAUGUAGAACUUUAAGAAACAAAUGAAGGAUAAAACAAAGAGAAUUAAUAGAAUGGUUAAAAUGGGGCUACGCCUUAAACAAAUAGAAAUUUAAUUGAUGAAAUUAAAACUCAAAGAGAAAACUAAAUUAAAAGUGAGAUGGAAUAAAUUACUCAAGGCAAUAAAUAUGAGUAAUUUUAACUCGAAACUUCCUUUAAAGAAUAAAUAUGUGCUAUUUGUUUAGAUGAUUUUGAAUACGAUGACUUAGUUAGAAAGACAAAAUGCAAUCACAUGUUUCAUGAAAAAUGCUUAUAUAAAUGGUUAUUUAAGUAUAUCAGUUGCCCAAUGUGUAAUUAAGAUUUAACAUGAAAUUUAAUUCCUUAUAAUACUCUUAAAGCCUCAGAUAUAUUUAGAUAUAUCCUUCCUUCUAUUGAUAUAAUAUUUUAUAUGCAUAAAUAUUAUUUUUCAUUAUAAUUUAUUAGUUAAAAUAAUUUAUCAAUUUCUUAAUAUUAUAUUUUUAUAUACUAGCACUUGUGUAAUUGUUUAUCACUUUAAAUUUAGCAUUUA